AUGAUUAUUAUCCCCAGUCUGAUAUUGUCUCGUGAGAGUAUGGAGUGGGAAGGGCCGCCCAAGCAAGGAUUGUACGACCCACAGAACGAACACGAAGCUUGCGGUGUUGGUUUUGUAGUUGCUAUCGACGGGAAACGUACGCAUAAAAUUGUUCGCGAUGCCGAGGUCCUCGCAAAACGUAUGGAGCACCGCGGUGCUUGCGCAUGCGAUAAUGACACCGGUGAUGGCGCUGGUGUACUAACCGCAAUCCCGCAUCAGUUCUACGCCGCUCAGCUCAGAGACACGCACCAGAUCGACUUGCCAGAAUUCGGUCGAUAUGCUACUGGCAUCUUCUUCCUGGACAAGUUACAUCAUCAGAACAUCGAGAAGAAAUUCGGGGAACUAGCCGAGAGUCUCGGUCUAAAGGUGCUAUGCUGGCGCACAGUACCCACCAACAAUUCCACCAUAGGUCAGGUGGCUCGUAACUCGGAGCCAUAUAUGCGUCAAGUGUUUGUUACCGGCGAUAUCGACGACGAACAGCUUACGAGGCAGAUUUUUGUGCUGCGCAAGCGAGCGUCACACGAGCUAGUCGUGCCUGGUACGAGGUUCUACAUUUGCAGUCUUUCUCUCAAGACUGUUGUUUACAAGGGACUGUUGACUUCUAAUCAAUUAUGGGAAUACUUCAAGGAUUUGAGCAAUCCGGCUUUCACGACAUAUCUGGCACUUGUGCACACCAGGUUCUCGACCAAUACCUUCCCGAGUUGGGAACGAGCACAUCCGUUAAGAGUUCUUGCGCACAAUGGCGAGAUAAAUACGUUGCGAGGUAAUGUGAACCUGAUGAAGGCUCGCGAAGGUGUCAUGAAAAGUGAACUUUUUGGAGAGGAUUUGAAGAAGUUAUACCCAGUCGUGGAGCCGAAUCUCUCCGACUCUGGAUCGGCUGACUGUGUCCUUGAGUUCCUCGUACACUGUGGACAGCGUUCACUCCCAGAAGCUGUCAUGACCAUGGUGCCUGAAGCGUGGCAGAAUGACGUCACCAUGCCGAAGGAAAAGAGAGACUACUACCAGUGGGCCUCCUCUGCCAUGGAACCGUGGGAUGGACCUGCAUUGAUCUCCUUCACUGAUGGACGUUAUAUUGGGGCCAUAUUGGACAGGAAUGGUCUGCGUCCGUCUCGUUUUUAUGUGACCAAUGAGAAUAUACUCGUAAUGGCGUCCGAAGUCGGCGUGUAUGAUGUUGACCCUGAAAAGGUUAUACAUAAGAGUCGUCUAAAACCCGGUCGUAUGUUGUUAGUCGACACAGAAGACAAGAAAAUCAUUCAGGAUGUGGAAUUUAAGAUGCAGAUCGCGCGCAGUCGACCUCACUCGGAGUGGCUCCAAGAUAAGAUAACCAUGGAAGACAUCCACAAAUCCAUAGCACCGGAGAAUGGAAGUAGCUCCGUGGUGUCAGCUAACGGAACAAAUGGAUCUAACGGCCAUGGUGCUGAAGGUUCCAUGAUCGCAGGCCUUGUUGACAAACGGCUGGGCUUGUUCGGUCACACUAUAGAAUCUAUCAAUAUGUUAUUGGUACCGAUGAUACAAAACAAGAAGGAAGCCCUCGGCAGUAUGGGUAACGACGCGCCCUUGGCCUGUCUCUCGCAGUUUCAACCUCUGCCAUAUGAGUACUUCAAACAGCUGUUCGCACAAGUCACCAACCCACCUAUCGAUCCAUUCAGAGAGAAGAUAGUAAUGUCGUUGCUGUGUCCCAUCGGGCCGGCCCCAAAUAUUCUCGAGCCGAGCGCCGAGUUCGUUCACCGCCUAUUCCUGCCGCAGCCCAUCUUGUCCCUGCCUGACCUACACGCGCUCAAACAUACUACGCACCGUGGUUGGAAGACGAUGGUGCUGGACUGCACGUUCCCGCUGUCGGACGGGCCGGGCGGGCUGGAGCGCGCGCUCACGCACAUCUCGAGCUCUGCGCACGCGGCGGCGCUGGCGGGCUACCAGCUGCUCGUGCUCUCCGACCGCGCCGCCGGCCCGCCGCGCGUGCCCGUCAGCUCGCUGCUCGCGCUCGGUGCUGUUCACCACCACUUGAUCGAGACCCGGCAACGUAUGAAGGUCGGCAUUAUCCUGGAAACGGCUGAGGCUAGAGAAGUUCACCACAUGUGCGUCCUACUAGGUUAUGGUGCAGAUGCCAUUUGUCCCUACUUAGCCUUUGAACUAGCAUUCUCUCUACGAAACGACAACAUUAUAGACCAAAACCUGACCGAUGACGAUAUCUAUAAAGCCUACCAAAAUGCUAUCGAAACUGGUUUAGCCAAAGUCAUGGCUAAAAUGGGAAUCAGUACCCUACAGUCGUAUAAAAGUGCUCAGAUAUUUGAAGCUGUUGGACUUAGCGAGGAAGUUAUUGACAAGUGUUUCAGAGGAACACAGUCCAGAAUUGGUGGUGUGAACUUCGAAAUAUUGUCCAAGGAAAUAUUUGAACGGCAUGCGCUGACAUAUGGUGAUGUUAAAGACGCGUUGGUCUUAAGGAACCCCGGUAAUUACCACUGGCGGGCUGGUGGUGAGAAGCAUAUCAACGAUCCCAUGUCUAUUGCCAACCUGCAAGAGGCUACUCUCAACAAAAGCUCCUCCGCUUAUGACAAAUACAGGGAGAGCACGCUGGAGUCGGUCCGCGCGUGCACGCUGCGCGGGCAGCUGGAGCUGGUGAAGCUGGACGAGCCCAUCCCCCUCUCCGAGGUCGAGCCCGCCGCUGACAUCGUCAAGCGAUUCGCCACUGGUGCCAUGUCUUUCGGUUCGAUUUCUCUGGAGGCUCAUACAACAUUGGCUAUUGCUAUGAACCGUAUCGGAGGAAAGUCUAAUACUGGAGAGGGUGGUGAAAACGCUGACAGAUAUCUUAACCAGGAUCCAGAUUAUAACAAGCGUUCGGCAAUCAAGCAAGUAGCUUCUGGUCGCUUCGGUGUGACGGCGUCCUAUCUAGCUCACGCAGACGAUCUGCAGAUCAAGAUGGCGCAGGGAGCCAAGCCGGGCGAGGGAGGCGAGCUGCCGGGUUACAAAGUAACAGAAGACAUUGCAAAGACCCGUUGUUCAGUUCCCGGCGUCGGUCUUAUCUCACCGCCACCACAUCACGACAUCUACUCCAUAGAAGAUUUGGCAGAGCUCAUCUAUGACCUAAAGUGCGCUAACCCAAAAGCUAGGAUAUCAGUGAAACUGGUGUCUGAAGUCGGUGUUGGAGUUGUAGCAUCAGGUGUAGCUAAGGGCAAAGCUGAGCACAUUGUGAUCUCAGGCCACGACGGCGGUACCGGCGCUAGCUCUUGGACAGGCAUCAAGAGCGCUGGGCUCCCGUGGGAACUGGGGGUUGCUGAGACUCACCAAGUACUCGUCCUUAACGAUCUCAGAUCCAGAGUGGUGGUACAAGCUGACGGUCAGAUUCGGACUGGCUUCGACGUGAUGGUAGCGGCGUUACUUGGAGCUGAUGAGUUCGGUUUCAGUACUGCACCACUUAUUGCUCUUGGUUGCACAAUGAUGCGUAAAUGUCAUCUGAAUACGUGUCCAGUGGGCAUCGCGACACAAGAUCCCGUUCUACGUAAGAAGUUUGCUGGCAAACCUGAACAUGUUGUCAACUAUCUGUUCAUGCUGGCAGAAGAGGUCCGCUCGCACAUGGCCGCGGUGGGCGUGCGGCGCUUCCAGGAGCUGAUCGGACGCACCGACCUGCUCAAGGUGCGGGAGAACAACGACAACCCCAAGGCGCGCCUGCUCAACCUCAGCCUCAUACUCAAGAACGCGCUGCACAUGCGACCCGGGGUUAAUAUUAUUGGAGGCUCCAAGACACAGGACUUCCAACUGGAAAAACGUCUCGACAACCAGCUGAUCGAGCAAUGCGCGGGCAUUAUAGACGGAACUGAGAAACACGUAGACAUCUCUAUGAGGAUCACUAAUGAGGACCGAGCCUUCACAUCUACUCUGUCUUAUCAUAUUGCUAUGAAAUACAGUGACGAGGGUUUGCCCGACGGUACAACCGUAAACAUAUCGUUGACUGGAUCAGCUGGACAGAGCUUCUGCGCCUUCUUGUCCAAGGGUAUCACUGUGACACUAGAGGGUGAUGCUAACGACUAUGUCGGCAAAGGUCUGUCAGGCGGCAAAAUUAUUAUCUACCCUCCUAAAGUAUCGCCGUUCGAAUCUCACUUAAAUGUGAUCGUUGGCAAUGUCUGUUUGUAUGGAGCUACCUCCGGACGCGCUUACUUCAGGGGCAUAGCGUCGGAGCGGUUCUGCGUCCGCAACAGCGGGUGCGUGGCCGUGGUGGAGGGCGUGGGCGACCACGGCUGCGAGUACAUGACGGCCGGCACCGCGCUCGUGCUCGGCCUCACCGGGCGGAACUUCGCCGCCGGCAUGAGCGGUGGUAUAGCCUACGUGUACGAUAUCGACGGAUCGUUCUCGGCCAAGUGUAACCACGAAAUGGUAGAACUGCUUCCGUUAGAGCUGCAAGACGACUUAGAUUAUGUCGAGCAAUUACUAAAAGAAUUUGUUGAAUAUACCGGCUCAAUAAUAGCUCAAGAGUUGCUCAAAACGUGGCCAGAGCCAGCCAAGAAGUUUAUCAAAGUGUUCCCUUACGAAUACCAGCGCGCGCUCAAGCAGAUGGCUGUGAAACAACCAACGCCAUCUAAAGUGGAAAAUGGGAAGCAAGAGAAUGGAGUGCUGGAUAUUGAAGAGACAGUUCGCGAUGUAGAACUGGAUAAGAAGAAUUUGGAAAAGAUCCUUGAUAAGACUAGAGGGUUCAUGAAAUACCCGCGCGAGACGUCGCUGUACCGGCCGGCGGAGAAGCGCAUGCGCGACUGGGACGAGAUCUACAACGGCGGGCACGUGCGGCGCGGGCUGCGCGUGCAGGCGGCGCGCUGCAUGGACUGCGGCGUGCCCUUCUGCCAGAGCGCGCACGGCUGUCCGCUCGGCAACAUCAUCCCCAAGUGGAACGACCUCAUCUUCCGCGGCAACUGGCACGAGGCGCUCAGCCAGCUGCUGCAGACCAACAACUUCCCGGAGUUCACUGGGCGCGUGUGUCCCGCGCCGUGCGAGGGCUCCUGCGUGUUGGGCAUAUCCGAGCCGCCGGUCACGAUCAAGAACAUUGAGUGCGCCAUCAUCGACCACGCCUUUGAAUCUGGGUGGAUGCAACCCGAGAUACCAACACACAGAAAUGGAAAAACUGUGGCAAUAGUUGGCUCCGGUCCGGCCGGCUUAGCGGCAGCACACCAACUGAAUAAGGUUGGCUACACAGUGACAGUAUUCGAACGCAACGACCGUCCAGGCGGACUACUGCAGUACGGCAUCCCCACCAUGAAGCUGAGCAAGGCGGUGGUGGGCAGACGCAUCAAGCUAAUGACUGCGGAAGGGAUCUCUUUCAAGUGUAAUAUUGACGUCGGCAGGGACAUCUCGGCUAGCGAUCUAGCAAACGAAUACGAUGCCCUUGUCCUAUGUAUGGGUGCGACCUGGCCCCGGGACUUGCCACUCAAAGGUCGGCAAUUGAACGGCAUCCACUUCGCUAUGGAGUUCCUGGAGAACUGGCAGAAGAAACAGAUGGGUUCUUCCGGACACCAUCAGACUAAAGAUAAUCCUGAAUUGAACGCUAAAGAUAAGGACGUUCUAAUCAUUGGCGGUGGAGAUACUGGGUGCGACUGUAUAGCAACAUCACUACGCCAGGGCGCCAAAUCUAUCACAACAUUCGAGAUUUUACCCGAACCGAAAACGACCAGAGGGCAGGAUAACCCCUGGCCACAAUGGCCCAGAGUCUUCAGGGUGGACUAUGGACACGAAGAAGUGAAAGUCAAGUUCGGUAAUGAUCCGAGGAAGUUCUCGACACUCACCAAGGAAUUCCUGGACGAUGGCGAGGGCAACGUGUCGGGCGUGUCGGCCGUGGAGGUGGAGUGGACGCGCGGCGCGGGCGGGCGCUGGGAGAUGCAGGAGCUGCCCGACACCGCCCGCGUGUACAAGGCGGACCUGGUGCUGCUCGCCAUGGGCUUCCUGGGGCCCGAGCGGUACGUCGCCAACCAGCUGGACCUUCCGCUCGACGCUCGAAGCAACGUGGAAACUGAAAAGUCAAACAUCUACAAGACAUCUGUCAGCAAUGUCUUUGCCGCUGGAGAUUGUCGCCGAGGCCAGUCGCUAGUGGUGUGGGCGAUCUCCGAAGGUCGGCAGGCAGCCAGAGCCGUGGACAUCUACCUGUCGGGCAAGUCCUCGCUGUCUGGCAUCGGCGGAGUCAUCUACGAGCACUGA